UCUUAAUAUCAAUUACUUUUAAAAAAAAAUGUACCUUGUGUCUGAGACUCUAGAGUCCAAUAGGGCAAAGCAGUAACUAGUCAAAGUUUAACCUCCCUCCCACUCUGGGCUCAGACUGUCCCCUGAAGGCCUGUGUUUUGAGUCUCUUUUCAGAACGUUGGCGUGAACUUGGCACUUGGCGUACGGAUCCCCUUUCAUCACCCAGGUGACCUGCAGGGAAUUCCGCCUCACAGUGCAAGGUUUAGACCAAUUCGGUCCAACAGAGAAAGCAGGCAACCGCUAUGUUAUUUGAAAACAGCUUCAUCGGGAUAUCAUUUGCAAACCAUACAGCGAACCCAUUUCAGCUACUCUGACCCAUGGAUCCCCUGGGCACGGCCAAGCCACAAUGGCCGUGGCGCCACUGUCUGGCCGCGCUGCUGUUUCAGUUGCUGGUGGCUGUGUGUUUCUUCUCCUACCUGCGUGUGUCCCGAGACGAUGCCACUGGGUUCCCUAGGCCAGGGUACAUGGCCGUGGCACCUGUCACUGGGGCUCCCAAUGGGUCCUCCCGACAGGACACCACCCCACCCGCCCCCACCCUCCUGAUCCUGCUGUGGACGUGGCCUUUCCACAUCCCCGUGGCUCUGUCCCGCUGUUCAGAGAUGGUGCCUGGCACGGCCGACUGCCAAAUCACUGCCGACCGCAAGGUGUACCCGAAGGCAGAUGCGGUCAUUGUGCACCACUGGGAUAUCAUGUCCAAUCCUAAGUCACGUCUCCCACCUUCCCCGAGGCCGCAGGGACAGCGCUGGAUCUGGUUCAACUUAGAGCCACCUUCUAACUGCUGGCACCUGCAAGCCCUGGACGGAUACUUCAAUCUCACCAUGUCCUACCGCAGCGACUCCGACAUCUUCACGCCCUACGGCUGGCUGGAGCCACGGUCCGGCCAGCCUGCCCACCCACCACUCAACCUCUCGGCCAAGACCGAAUUGGUGGCCUGGGCGGUGUCCAACUGGAAGCCGGACUUGGCCAGGGUGCGCUACUACCAGAGCCUGCAGGCCCAUCUCAAGGUGGAUGUGUAUGGGAAAUCCCACAAGCCCCUGCCCAAGGGGACCAUGAUGGAAACACUGUCCCGGUACAAGUUCUACCUGGCCUUCGAGAACUCCUUGAACCCCGACUACAUCACCGAGAAGCUGUGGAGGAACGCCCUGGAGGCCUGGGCCGUGCCCGUGGUGCUGGGGCCCAGCAGAAGAAACUAUGAGAGGUUCCUGCCGCCCGAUGCCUUCAUCCACGUGGACGACUUCCAGAGCCCCAAGGACCUGGCCCGCUACCUGAGCUACUUUCACUGGCGGGAGACGCUGCAGCCUCGCUCCUUCAGCUGGGCACUGGAUUUCUGCAAGGCCUGCUGGAAACUGCAGGAGGAAUCCAGGUACCAGACGGUGCACAGCAUAGCGGCUUGGUUCACCUGAGAGGCCGGUGUGGGGCCUGGGUUCCCGGGAACCUCAUCUGCCUGGGUCUUCACCUGCUGGAGUCCUUCAUGGCCAGCCCUCUCACUUCCCUGGGAACUCACAUGCUGGACUUCACGGCUGUCAGGAGCCUCCCCUGCAGAAGCCUUGCCUGCUGGGGACCUUGGCCGCUGGAGGCUGCACCUACUGAGGAUCUCAGCUGUUGGGGACUUUUACCUGCUGGGACCUGCUCCCAGAUACCCUGCCACACAGAAUCUCACCUGCUAGGAGCUUCACCUGCUGGGGACCUCACCCUGGAGGGCACUGGGCCCUGGGGAACUGGCACCCUUGGGGACGCACUCAGAGUGAUGGUUCUGGCUGAUUUGUUUGUGAUGUUGUUAGCUGCCUGUGAGGCCUGCAGAGGGACAAUGACGGUACCGUUUCCAGUUGUAAUACUGCAAGGAAAAAUGAUUACGUGUCUCCUCACUCUAGAGUUUGUCCCUUUCAGGCCUCUGAGCCCAAGCUAAGCCAUCAUAUCUCCCCAGGGACCUGCACGUAUCCAUCCAGAUGGCCUGAAGCAACUGAAGAUCCACAAAAGAAGUGAAAAUAGCCUUAACUGAUGACAUUCCACCAUUGUGAUUUGUUCCUGCCCCACCCUAACUGAUCCAUGUACUUUGUCAUCUACCCCACCCUUAAUUAAGAAGGUUCUUUGUAAAUCCCCCCACCCUUGAGAAUGUACUUUGUGAGAUUUCACCACCUGCCCCCAAAACAUUGCUCUUAACUCUACCGCCUAGCCCCAAACCUGUAAGAACCAAUGAUAAUCCACCGUGCUUUGCUGACUCCUUUUUCAGACUCAGCCCGCCUGCACCCAGGUGAAAUAAACUGCCACGUUGCUCACACAAAGCCUGUUUGGUGGUCUCUUCACACGGACACGUGAGACAUUUGGUGCCGAAAACCCGGAUCAGCGGGACUCCUUCAGGAGACCAGGGCGCUGUCCUCACCCUCACUACUCCAUCUACGACCUCGGCUCCUCAGACAAACCAGCCCAAGGAACAUCUCACCAAUUUCAAAUCGGGUAAGCGGCCUCUUUUUACUUUCUUCUCCAACCUCUCUAUCCCUCAACCUGUUUCUCCUUGCAAUCUUGGUGCCACCCUGCAGUCACUCCCUAAAUUUCAAUUCCUUUCAUUUUCUGGUAGAGACAAAGGAGACACAUUUAUCCGUGGUCCCAAAACUCCGGCGCCGGUCAUGGACUCAGGAAGGCAGCCUUCCCUUGGUGUUUAAUCGUUGCGGGGACGCCGCUCUGAUUAUUCACCCACGUUCCACUGGUGUCUGAUCUCCAUGGGGACGCCUGCCUUGGUCAUUCACCCACGUUACCUUGGUGGCAAGUCAAU